AUGGGCUGCUAUAGCCCGUUUACAGCUUUCUUCCAUGACGGGCCAGGGUUUCAGCCGGUAUAUUUAAACAGGCCUUUGCAGUUUUACGGCAGUGACGAGAAAGAAGAUGAGUUUGCAGCUAAGGUAUUCGACUUUGUUAGUCGGAUGAUCCCUGGACCCACGAGCAAGAAUCUUCCUUCUGAGCUACAUGCAAUGUUGCAGCUUGGAUUGCUCUUGGACAAGGUUGCAGACUUACUCAGAAAUGAUUCUCUGGAUGAUGUAAUGAAGCGCAGCCAUGUGUAUAAAGCGGCGUUUGGACUUGUUUCGAAGCUGAGUUCACACCCUGAGCUAAUCGACCUUGCCAAAUGUGCUAGAUAUCGUAAACAACAAACUCCCGGCCUUGAAAUUCUUUCUUCAUCGAAGCCUCAGCAGUAUGAUAGCUCUCCACUCAUUUUAGGAGAAAAGAUAGCCUCGGUUGGCGAGAGAUUGAAGCAGCUAGCACGUCAGAGCAAGAUUGUCCUUGAGUCUGCUGAAAGUCAAGAUCUUAAUACAAGGAGUGGAGAAGAUCUACUUCUCUGCUGUGAGAGUGUUCUUUCCCUUUAUUCAGUCAUAUCAGCAGAUCAGGAGGGCACUGGAAUGCGUACAACAGUAAGCCCACAGGAAAAGUGGGAAGCUUUUCACCAGGAGCAUGGGGUUUCCCGCGAUGAGGGAGUCUUUGAUCGGACCCAUGCAUACUAUAGUAAAGCUAUAUCUAUGACGUAUUCGAACCCAGGGCGGAUCAAGCGAAUGGUCACUGAGGUAGCCAACAUGUCAACAUCUCUGCCGAUUGGGAUCUUCGUCAAAGUUAGUGAAAGUCGGCCGGAUGUUAUGAAAUGUCUUAUAAUGGGGCCACCCGAUAGCCCAUAUGGGUAUGCGCUCUUUGAGUAA